GGCGGCGCGGGUCUGGGCGGGGUGGCGGCCCCUCCUGCACAGCGACCGUGGCCCCUCCUGCUCCGAGCCCCCCGCCCCCGUUCCGCGCCGGCCGCUCCUGACGUCACAGCCGGACCCGCUAAACCGGGCGGCGGCGGCGGCGGCGGGGCGCUAGGGUGCAGACUGCGACCCGGAGGCGCCCGGACGGACGGAGCGCACAGCGGCCGGAGACCCGAGCCCAGCCCGAGCCAUGGCCCUGAGCGACUUGGCGCUGGUCCGCCGGCUGCUGGACGGCCGUCACUCCCGGAAGCUCAUCCUGUUCAUCGUGUUCCUCGCGCUGCUCCUGGACAACAUGCUGCUCACCGUCGUGGUCCCCAUCAUCCCAAGUUACUUGUACAGCAUCCAGCACGAGAAAAAUGCAACUGAAGUCCCGACUGCCCGGCCAGCACCCACAGCCUCCCCCUCGGAUGGCUUCCAGAGCAUCUUUUCCUACUAUGACAACUCCACCAUGGCCACUGGGAACACCACCGGAGACCUCCAGGGGCGGCCGCUGCCCAAGGCCACCACGCAGCCCAUGGUGACCAACUCAUCCGCGGGCCCUUCCGACUGCCCCAGCGAGAAUAAGGACCUCCUGAAUGAAAACGUGCAGGUUGGCCUGUUGUUUGCCUCCAAAGCCACGGUCCAGCUGCUCACCAACCCGUUCGUAGGACUGUUGACCAACAGAGUCGGGUAUCCAGUUCCAAUGUUUGUGGGAUUCUGCAUCAUGUUUAUCUCCACCAUUAUGUUCGCCUUCUCUAGGAGCUACGCCCUCCUGCUGAUCGCCAGGUCGCUGCAGGGCAUUGGCUCCUCCUGCUCUUCUGUGGCUGGGAUGGGCAUGCUUGCCAGCGUGUACACAGAUGACGAGGAGAGAGGCAACGCCAUGGGGAUUGCCCUGGGCGGCCUGGCCCUGGGGGUCUUAGUGGGCCCCCCCUUCGGGAGUGUGCUCUACGAGUUUGUGGGGAAGACGGCCCCGUUCCUGGUGCUGGCUGCCCUGGUGCUCCUGGAUGGAGCUAUUCAGCUCUGUGUGCUCCAGCCGUCCCGGGUGCAGCCAGAGAGCCAGAAGGGGACGCCGCUGACCACGCUGCUGAAGGACCCCUACAUCCUCAUCGCCGCAGGGUCCAUCUGCUUUGCAAACAUGGCCAUCGCCAUGCUGGAGCCGGCCCUGCCCAUCUGGAUGAUGGAGACCAUGUGUUCCCCCAAGUGGCAGCUGGGCGUUGCUUUCUUGCCGGCUAGUAUCUCUUAUCUCAUUGGAACCAAUAUUUUUGGGAUACUCGCGCACAAGAUAGGGAGGUGGCUUUGCGCCCUGCUGGGAAUGGUAAUUGUGGGGAUCAGCGUUUUAUGGAUCCCUUUUGCAAAAAACAUUUAUGGACUCAUAGCUCCCAACUUCGGAGUUGGUUUCGCAAUUGGCAUGGUGGACUCAUCGAUGAUGCCCAUCAUGGGCUACCUGGUGGACCUGCGGCACGUGUCCGUCUACGGGAGUGUGUACGCCAUCGCAGACGUGGCCUUCUGUAUGGGAUACGCAUUAGGUCCUUCCGCUGGCGGGGCUAUCGCGAAGGCAAUUGGAUUUCCGUGGCUCAUGAGAAUUAUUGGAAUAAUUAAUAUUCUUUUUGCUCCUCUCUGCUUUUUUCUUCGAAGCCCACCUGCCAAGGAAGAAAAAAUGGCUAUUCUCAUGGAUCACAACUACCCUGUUAAAACAAAAAUGUACACUCAGAACAAUGUCCAGUCGUAUCCGCUAGGUGAUGAAGAAUCUGAAAGUGACUGAGACCCUCAGAAGUCAUCAGAGCAUUUCGUUGUGUGAAGCAGUAUUCCCUGUGCAGUGACUCAUUCAGAACCAUCUUAGUCAUCCCACACGUCCCUGGUGAAACAGUAGAACCAAAGGUUACCCUUUCUUUUCCGUGGGUAUGGUCGAUUGCCAGCAGCCUUAUAAAGAAAAAGCAGCUUUUCUAGGGGUUUGUAUAAAGUGUUGAAAACUUUAUUUUAUGUAUUUGAUUUUAUUAAAUAUUAUACAAUAUAUUUUGACGAAAUAGAUAUAGUGUAAAUCUAUAAAUAUUUGAAUCCAAAUCAGAUAUAACUUUUUAACUUACAUUCACGAACACUUGGGCCAAAAAAAAGCACACCUUAUAUUUUUUCUGAAUAUUGGUAAUGAGUGUUUAAAACUAAAGUACACAUUAUCUCCGAGACACUUCCGACAAUAAGACACUAGAAGGAAGUCUGAACAAUCAAGUAAGACAGCGUAUGGUUACGUAGUGACGCCGAGUGUUGAGUUCUCCAGCUUGUAAUUAUCAUCAAUAUAUGUAUGAGUUAAAAGCUAGUUAUCUCGAACGCAGAGGACAAGAACUUGAGGCAGUUACCGUUUGGAUUUAUCUGUAAAACUUAGCUGGCACUAGUUAUCUAUAUGUAACCACCUACCCGGAAACAGCUGGUUGUAUGUAAAUGAUAUGCUUACAUGUCAUGUGGUUGGCAGCAAACAUUGAAGCCAAUGAGGGGAAAAAUAGCAAAUGUUCUGAAAGCAGAGAAAAGCAUCUAAAAUGAACAGUUAUGAACAACUAGAUGCUUCCCUUUAAGAUAUAUGAUUAUCUUACUGGAUGAAGGAACAUUGAGGGUAGAUUACACAAGUCAAGGUUGUGUAAGCAUGGCGAGACUUAUCAACAUCUAGUUCAAGGUUAGAAAAUAAAGGUAAAAGGCUAAUAGCUGCUAUGACAUGAACAAAAAAAUCAGACUCUAUCAUCUUUGACCUGUUUGGAGAUUAUCCAAGUGUUUAAUUUUGAGUUUUAACUUUUCUUUCCUAGACUUCUGAAAGUUGUUCACAUCAAUGUGAAAAGUUUUAAAUGACGAUGAGUGCAAUUAGGUCUUGAAUCAUGUUAGGAAACCAGGUAAAAAUAGGGUGGUCCGGACACCCCCCAUUUCACAGGCAGGGAAAAAACCAAACAUCUGAAAAUGUCUUUGUAUUACUGUGUCAUCUAGUGCUGUGUGAUGUAGUUUCUCUAAGCAUGACAUUGUCGUGCCUUCCCAACCUAUACUGUGUUAGUGAACACUGUCAGUUUACACCAGGUUUUGUAUGAUAUGACUGCAGUGGUGAUCGUGUGGAAUGCCUCAGCUACUACUGGUUAAUUCUAUAGUUCUGUCAUUGUAAAUGAAAAUCACCUAUGUCAAUGUUUUUGUUAAGUUAGAAAUUGUUUAACUUGGAAGAGGAGGAACUAAGGACUUUAAGAGGACUCUUCAACCUUUCAAUUCUCUAGGAAAGUUAGCUGAUGCUGACUUUCCAUUUGCUUUACGAAGCUUUCCUGUGGGCCUCGGCAGGGUCUGCAGCCUGGCUGUCAGGUGCCGUGAAUUGGAAGCACAUAGCUUCCCACUCACCAAUUCGCAUGGGGCAGCUGAUCGGGUGGCUUCUGGAAGGUGCUCCAGAGGCGCGUGCCCGUGGCUCUGAGGCAGGCCGUUCUCCACUCCCACUGGGGAGAACCUUCCAAAGGAGCGAGCUGCAAAUCGGCCCUCUGGCGGGUUCGUGGUUCUCCCAGCCCCAGCACCGUAUGUUAUUCUACUUUAUUUUUGCCUUUAAGAUUCGUCUCUUCAAAAUGACCGGGAAAGGCAUGCCUGCUAUUGAUCCAGAGGGAUGACAUAAAAGAUACAUGGAGUUUUUUAGAACUGUUUUAGGAGCAAAAGAUAUCAGUUGUAUCUAACAGGAAAAAUGGGGAAUUGUAGGGUCUUUUAUGUGACUAAUGUUCUGGGGUGAGCCAAGACUGAAAAGAGACUUUAAAAAAAAUAAUUACGUAUGUCAGAACAAAGAACAUACAGCCGAGUUUCUUUUUUGAGCAGAGGUGGUUUUAUGUGUGUACCUGGCAAACAGAUACAAAAACCUUAAUGAGGUAGCAAUGAAUAGUCAAUUCUUUCUUUUGACUGCCAAGUGUACCUGCCUAAGCCAUGUUUUAGCUAGUUUACUUAAUAAAUCUUCUGAACACUA